GAGGAGGCAGAGGCGGCGCUGCCCCGUCCCGCCUCCCGGCGGGGCCCGGCCUGGUGGCGGCGCAGAGGCUGCGGGCGGCGGCGGGGACGGGCAGGAGGAGCGCGGCGGGCGCCGUGCGGGGACGCGAUGCACUCGCUCUUCAGGAAACGCAACAAAGGCAAAUACAGCCCCUCCGUGCAGAAGAAGAGCAUCUCCAGCAAAGAGCUGACCGAGCUCAUCGAGCGCCUGCAGAAAAAUGCUGACCAGGUGGAGAAAAACAUCGUGGAGACUGACUCCCGAAUGCAAAAUGACCUGCACAAGAUCAAGGCGUGCCAGCUGGCGCAGUACAAGGAGCUGACAGCACAGAAACUCUCCGAGUCCGACAAGCUGCUCUACGUGCUGGACGGGGAUGCGGCCGUGGCCCGGCACAUGAAGCACCCCCAGGGGGACAUGAUCACUGAAGACAUCCGGCAGCUGAAGGAACGUGUGGCAAACCUGCGUGUGAAACACGACCAGAUCUACAGCUUCCCCCUGCAGCACAUUGAGCCCCAGGUCAACUGGACAACAGUGAUCGAGGAGAAACAGGACGCGCUGAGCAGCAAAGGCUUUGGGACUGACCUGCCGCUGGUCAACAGCCAAGUAGAGGAGCACAACAUCUUCCACAACGAGGUCAUGGCCAUCGGGCCACACAUCGUCAAGGAAGGAAGCAAGGAAAACAUGAGUGACUUCCAAGCCAAAUACCAGAAGCUGCUGGCCGGCUCCCAGCAGCGGCAGCAGGACCUGAACUCGCUGCAGGAUUACAUGCAGCGCUGCACCAACAAGCUCUACUGGCUGGAUCAGCAGGCCAAGGACAGGACCCAUUACGACUGGAGCGACCACAACCUGGACUACCCCAGCCGGCGCCGCCAGUACGAGAACUUCAUCCACAGGAAGCUGGAGGAGAAGGAGGAGGCCAUCAAUAAGCUGCACGCUGAUGGGGAUCAGCUGCUGGCCCAGAACCACCCCGGGAAGAACGCCAUCGAGGCUCACAUCGAGGCCGUGCACGCCGACUGGAAGGAGUACCUGAACCUGCUGAUCUGUGAGGAGAGCCACCUGAAGUUCAUGGAGGACUUCCACAAGUUUCAGAAGGACGCUAAGGAUGCUCAGGAGCUUUUGAAGAAGGUGGAUACAGACCUGGACCAAAAAUUCAGCCCGGAGUUCAAGGACAGAUACCAGCUGGAAUCUCUCCUCCGGGAGCUGGAUGACCAGGAGAAGGCCUUGGAGAAGUACGAGGCCGUGGUGAAGUCGCUGCAGGAGCGCAGCCAGCAGGUGCUGCCCCUGCGGUACCGCCGGCAGCCGCCGCCGCAGCCCGUCCCCGUGGAGGCGCUCUGCGAGUACGAGGGCGAGCAGGGCCAGAUCAGCCGCGGAGCCCACUACACCCUGCAGAAGAACAGCGGAGACCUGUGGGAAGUGGCCGACAGCGCAGGAGACACCCUCAGUGCCCCCGGGGUCUGCUUCAUGAUCCCCCCGCCCGACCCAGAAGCGAUCGCCCUGGCAGAGCAAAUUGCCAAGCACUACGUGGCCGUCAAGGAGAAGACCAUCAACUGCAAGAAUGUCCUCCAGCAGCGCUAUGAGGGGCUGAAGGCAGACAGCAUCGGAGAUGCUGCCUCAGUUCGAGGUCGCCAGCUCCUGGCAGGGCUGGAGAAAGUCAACAGUGACCUGGACAAGCAGGAGAAAGCAAUAACAGCAAACCUGCGCCCGCCGCUGGAGCAGAGCCGGGCAGUGCAGGACAGCACCGAGCGCUCCAAGGACCUCAAGAACAUCACCAACGAGGUCCGUCGGAUCGAGCCUGAGAAAACGAGGAAGAUCCAGGAGUGCGAGGCCUUCAUCGAGUCCGUGCCCAACACGGGCAGCGCCACCCUGGUGAGGAGCAAGGUGGACAACACCAACAAGAAGUACGAGCGCGUGGUGCAGCUGCUCAGCGCUGCCCAGGAGAAAGUUGAGGUGGCCACAAACCUGGAGAGGAGCCUCCAGCAAGGCCGAGACCUGCUGUCAACCUAUGAGAACAAGCUGGUCAUAGAUGACACCGUGCCGGAGGACUUGAGGGUGGUAGACAGGAAGAAGGAAGAGCUGCUGGCCAUGGGCACCGAGCUCCAGUCCAAGAAGUUCCUGCUCAGCGAAGCCGAGCAGAACCUGCAGAGGACCAAGACGUGCUCCAACGCCCUGGCCAGCAAGUUCCAGGAGCACUGCCCCGACAUCGAGCGCCAGGAGGCAGAGCUGUACAAGCUCAACCAGCGCUUCAACAACCUCAGCAAGCAGAUCGAGCACAGAACGCAGACCCUGCAGAAAGCAAAAAGUGCCUACUCCAACUACCGUACCAACUACGACAAGGUGAACCAGUUCCUGUGCAACAUCCCCAGCUACGAGCCCCAGGAGACUGACAACAUCCAGCAAGUGGAGAUGAAGCUGAAGAGCCAAGUGGCACUGCUCAGUGACAUUGCAAGCAAGGAACAGGAGGUGCAGAAGGUCUCUGUCACAGCUCAGCAGUACCAGCAGGCAGUGAAGGACUACGAGUUGGAAGCGGAAAAGCUGCGGUCCAUCCUGGACCUGGAGAACGGCCGGAAUGGCUACAGCAGCAAGAAGCCCAGGCUGCAGUCCCCAGCUGCCAAAGUGAAGGAGGAGGAAGCUGUUCUGGCAGCCAAAUACACGGAAGUGAACGCUGUGAACAAGCAGAGGCUGCAGAACCUGGAAUUUGCCCAGAGCCUCCUGCGGCAGCAGCCAGAUAUUCAAGUGACACAAGACUUUGCCCAAACCAAAAAGUCUGUCAGACCUGUGGAAGAAGUCUGGAAGCUGAAGAAAGAGCUUGAGGAUGAGACUCAGCGUCGGCAACAGCUCGAGGCAGAGAUUGAAGCCAUUCAGAACAACAUUGUCCACCUGCAAAACCAGAAGCCCCAAGAAACUGUGGUGAAGAAAGAACUGGUGAAGAAGGUGCCUGACCCCCAGCUGGAGGAGAGCUUCCACAGACUGCAGCAAAACCUGGCAGAGGAGCAGCGCAAGAACCAGGUGCUCCAGGAUGAGCUGGAGGCUCUUAAAAUCCGGCUGCGUGUUCUGGAGCACGAGAAGAGGGAAGGAGGGCAGGAGUACAUAGUGAAAGAGGUGCUGAGGAUUGAACAAGAUAAGGCUCAAGCUGCUGAAAUCCUGAAGCUCAAAGAGGAACUGGAAGAGCUCAGGAGGCAGGAAGGGACCAGGGAGAGUGAAGUCAUCCUCUUACGCCAACAAAUUGCUGUGCUGUCCAGCGAGAAGAACAAGGAGCAGGAAAAGGUCACGGAGAAGGAGGUGCUGAAGCUGCAGAAUGAUCCCCAGCUGGAGAUGGAAUUCCGGAUGUUGCAGGAGACCAAGGAGAGGGAGAGCGCCCUUCGGCAGAAGCACGAGGAAGAGCUCAGCUUCCUCCAGGAGAAGCUCAAGCGUCUGGAGAAGGAACGGGCCAUCGCCGAGGGCAAAAUCACCGUCAAGGAGGUGCUGAAGGUGGAGAAAGAUUUGGUCAUUGAGAGGGAGGUGAACGAGCUCCGGCGCCAGUACGAAGAUGAGAAGUCCAAGGGCCGUUCCAACGAGCGGGAAAAGGCUGAGCUGCUCAGGAAGAUCCAGCUGCUGGAGGAGGAGAACUCCAAGGUGGUUGUUCAGGAAAAAGUGCGUGAGAUUGUGCGCCCAGACCCCAAGGCUGAGAAUGAAGUUGCGAACCUUCGCUUGGAGCUGGUAGAGCAGGAGAGGAGGUACCGUGGUGGGGACGAACAGCUGAAGAGCUGCCAGAACGAACUGGCUGCACUGAAGAACAGAGGGCCGCUGGUAGAAGUCAAAGAAGUCAUUAAGGAGGUCAUUAAGUACAAGAAUGAUCCAGAAACUGAAAAGGAGCUACAGCGACUCCGGGAGGAAAUCAUAGAGAGGACCGGAGCUAUCGAAAGAGCUGACCUGGAGAUCUACCAGCUGAAACAAGAGAUACAAGCUUUGAAAGACACUAAACCUCAAGUGCAAAUGAAGGAAGUUGUCCAAGAAAUCCUCCAGUUUCGGGAAGACCCCAAGACUAGAGAGGAGGUAGAGUCACUGCGAGUGCAGCUGGCAGACGAACAAAUGAAGCACAUUGACCUGGAGAGGGAACGGCUUCUCCAAGAAGAAAAAGUAAGACAGAAGGAGGAAGAACUUUCCCAGGUGAAGGAGAAAGUGGUCCAGCAGGAAGUAGUGAAGUAUGAGCAGGAUCCUGCCUUGAAAGCAGAGGUGAACUCCUUCUCCCAGAGCAUCGAGAGUGAGCUGAAGCAGAUCGACGGCCUCCGUGAGGAGCUGCGCAAGCUGCAGAGGAGACGCUCCGAGCUGGAGCGGCAGCUCGAGGAGCUGGAGAAGGAGAGGCAGGCCCGCAGGGAGGCCGAGCUGGAGGUGCAGAGGCUCAGGAUCCGCCUGAACGAGCUGGAAGAACAGGAAAGAGAAACGACAGAACGAGUGACUGUGAAACAGAAAGUGAUCCUUCAGCAAGAUCCCCAGCAGGAGAAGGAGCACUCCCUCCUCAAGCUGGAGUUAGAAGAAGAGAAGCACCGCAGACAAGUGCUGCAAACUGAACUAGAAGCCCUGAGAAAGAAGCUCCUUUCUUUGGAGAAGAUGGAGGUCAAGGAGAAAGUGGUCUUUUCAGAGAGUGUCCAAGUGGACAAAGGAGACACGGAGUACGAGAUUCAAAAGCUGAAGAGCAACCUGGAGGAAGAAAGUAGGCGCAAGAGGGAGCUGGAUGCAGAUAUCAACCGCCUGGAAACCAGGCUGUCCGAGGUGGAGUUCAACAACUCCAAAUCAUCAAAGGAGCUAGACUUGUUAAGGGAGGAAAACCACAAGCUCCACCUCGAGAAACAGAACCUGCUGAUGGAAACAAGGAGACUGCAAUCAGAGAUUGAACUGACCGCAACAGAAGCUCAGGAUUUGAGAAACAUGACCCAUGUGGACAGUGGAAUAAACCUGGACUCCAGAUUCCAAGCUUUGGAAAGAGAGUUAGAGGAUCUGAAGCAAUUAUCCAGAGAAAAAGAUGCAGAGAUUGAGCAACUCCAGAAUCGCCUGAAGACAGUGGCUAUCAAGAGGGAGCAAAGAGAGAACCACCUGAGGCGCUCCAUCGUGGUCAUCGACCCCGACACAGGAAAAGAGAUGUCUCCAGAGGAAGCUCACGUGUUUGGCCUCAUCGAAUGGAGCCUGUUUGUCAAACUGAAGAGCCAGGAAUGUGACUGGGAGGAGAUCUCAAUAAAGGGUCCCAACGGGGAAUCAUCUGUGAUCCUCGACAGGAAGUCUGGCAGGGAGUUCUCCAUCGAGGACGCGCUGAAGAGUGGGAGGCUCACCGCGGCCCAGUACGACAGUUACCUCAACAAGGAGAUGUCUAUCCAGGAGCUGGCGGUCUUGGUGUCUGGAAGCAAUUACACAGCGCUCGCUCCACUUUAGAAACUUCAAGAGCAGCCAGUCUGAGCUGCAGCACCUUGCAGACAUCCAGAUCACUGCAAAGCCUCGCCCUCCUUCGCGUCUUCCAAACUGCUACAGCCUCUGCCCCAGCCAUGCUACGCAGCCACUCCGCUUGCUGUCACACACUGCAGAAAACACCACCAGUAGUGGAAACAUCUGCCAAACCUUCUCCCCCUCUUCCUCCCUGCCUACCCAAGAAACCAAGAGAAAGCCUUAGGACAGUGGAGUGCCUCAAGUCCAAAGACUCAGUAGAACCUGCAGUUCCCUCAGCUCCUGCUCACAUAGUCAUGUACAAUGCCAUGUCAGGAGAGAGACUGAAGGUCCAGGUGACUCCGAGGUGACCAGCAGGAGCUGGUUACAUCAGCUGCAUGUUGAUAAGCCAGACAGUCCCGCCGUGGACAACUGACUCAAUGAUGGGCUCGUCCUCUGAGAAAACCAGCUCUGGAAGCCAAGGUUUCAGUCCAGAGUCACCACGUCAAGACCCACCACCACCAUUUGUUCACCUCUGUGCCUGUGCUGCUACUGGGGAAGAGUGAAGGUGUACUUUGAUGGCACCAGCCAUUGAUCCAGGAGCAUUCACACACCCCAGAGGUCAAGGAAAAGGACAUGAAGAGAUGGCAGAACCACCAGACACAAGGGGUUGUGCACAGCAUGCAAGGGAACCCAAUGCAGAGGGCCUCCCACAGACAGCUCCUUCCCUCGUGGUUAAAAGCUGUUAUUGCUGUUAUUUUCCUGGAUGGAGUUACAUGCAGCUACAUGUUUCAUUUACUUGUGUAAGGGAAUGGGGAAUAGAGGGGAGUUCUAUUUAUAGUACAAAAUAAAAAUGCAGUGGUUCCAAUCAGAA